UUCCCUCCAUACGCGAGGUUUAUGCUAACUGCAGCUAACAAACCAACUGACAACCGAGAACGUUCCCUGAAUCUGGAGCUUACUCAAAGUAAUGUCAAGAAAACCACGGCUGCCCACGAAGCUUCUAUCCCCGCAGUAGAUGUUGGGGUGUUUCUUCGACGGCAGUUUAAAUGCACCUGAGGCUCCGUGAAGAAGGCUGGUCUGUUGUUGACAUCCAGAACGGGCACGGAUGUGUCGCCAGCCUCGCCAUAGACUAGCUAGCGUAACUUUCUCACGGAAGUUUUCGUCUCUGGUAUGCUUUUCAAGCAUUUGCUCGCUCUGACGCGGCAUUAGGCCGGACUUCAGUCUCUACUUAAGUGAUUGCGAUGAAGCUCCAGUGCGAUGUCGAGGUGGUGAAUCGGAUGCUCCCGACCUUUGGGAUGAAAAGUCGAGGAAAGGGGACGAGAGCGGUGCUUUCCAUCGGGAAACAUUUGGACAAGACGACCCAACGCAGUAGCGUCUACUUGAUGAUCUGCACAGCCAAAGACAGAGCCGGAUCAAAGUACAAGUUGAAAGGCAACAUAGAGAAGUUCUUCACUUGGUUUGUGGAGGAAGGCAAGGCCACUGUGAGAUUAAAGGAACCUGCUGUCGACAUUUGCUUGAGCAAGGCCGAUUCCAAUAGCUUGAAGAACUUCCUUUCGGCUGCUCGUCUAGCAGACAGAGGAAGUGACGCAGGCAGCCUUCCUCUGUCCACACUGACUCCCGUUCGUGCCAGAGAUGUAGAGCAGCCCAAGAAGAAACUCACCAUCGUCUCCAAGAAGGAUUACCCUCUAACCUCCAACUUCCCCUACUCCUUGGAGCAGCUGCAGGUGUCAUACUGCAAACUGUCACGCGUGGACAUGCGAAUACUCUCUCUCAAAGCUCUGCGGAAGCUAGACCUCAGUAACAACCACAUCAAGAAACUCCCCUCCACCAUCGGUGACCUCAGCUGCCUUUCUGAACUCGUCCUCCAUAAUAACCACCUGGAAACCUUCAGCGAGGCGCUCUGCCUGUCCACCCUGCAGCGGACCCUCCAGCACCUGGACCUCAGCCAGAAUCGCUUGCAGUCACUGCCGGCUCAGUUCUGCCAGCUCAGAGAACUAGUGAACCUCAAACUGGACGACAAUGGGCUCCUGUGUUUGCCGUUCCACAUCGGCCGACUCUCGAAGCUGAGGUUCCUGUCUGCAGCGCAUAACCAGCUGGCUGUACUGCCCGGUGACUUCCGUAAGCUAAGUUUGGAGAACCUGGACUUGUUUGGAAAUCCGUUUAUCCAUCCCAACCCUCUGGAUCACACAAUGCAGCUUACAUUCCCCCUUCCGCUUCAGGAGUUGGCCUCCAGAGCUGUGGCCAAUCUCAGGAUCCCAUAUGGACCUCACCUCAUCCCCGCCCACUUGUGUCGGGACCUCGAAAUGGCCAAGACCUGUGACUGUGGCCGCGUCUGCGUCAGUUUCUACAUCAAGACUGCAGUGAGCAUGAACCUUCACCAAGUCUCUCACACAGUUGUGCUGGUGGAUGACAUGGGAGGCACAGAUUCACCUGUGGAGCAGCACUUCUGCUCACUUUCCUGCUACUCCGAAUUCUUAGACAACUCCCUCCAGAGAGGAGCCAGAUAAGAACGAGCACUUAUUUGACAGAAAAUGUCAUCAGCUGGAAAUGGGCGCGCUGCAGCAGGUAGCUUUGUGGGACAGUCGGGAGAGUAUCUGAAGAGGAAGCUGCCGUGGUUUCCUGAUGCUGCCUUUAAAUGAUGAGACAGUAUCGAGUUUGUUGUGUUUUUAAAACCUUUCUCAAGCUGCUUGUUUUUACGCUUAAAUUCGUGUUUUGAGGCGCUUUCCAUUUAUCAAAAUGGGGUCAGAGACAAGCAUGAAUAUGUUAGAUCCUGCUCCAUCUGAAACAGAGUGGCACUUACUGUACCUUAUGGUCGCAGAUAGCACAAAAUCCUGUGCUGAUGGCAAGUCUCUUAACCGUGUUUCCUUUUAUUUUUUUUUUUCCUUCCUUGUGUUUAGAGACAGCAGGUUCGCCUACUGACCCACUUCCAUCAGACGGGGGAAUUACAAGAUUAGAUACAUUUCUGAAAACAGUGCCUCAGGGUCAAUGAGAAACAGCCAAAGGGAGCUGGUUUUUAUUGUGCUAAUGACCCACAGUUUUUACAUGUAUGUGAAAGAUUAAAUAAAAGUAUUAAUUAUCACAUUUUAA